ACAGUAACGAACGGGAAAUAAAGGCACGCACUUUAAACCAUAUCAAUACAAGUGUUAUUAAAUUAAGUAUUUAGAAUAAAGAAGUUAUUUUCUGCACACAUGGCACACAAAAUGGAUUAUAAAAGUAACAAAGUAUUACCAAAACCUGGUGAUCCCAAACUACCUACGAUAAUGAGACAUUUACAAAUGGAUUACGGGAGAUAUAAAUUCACCGUUUAUCGUUGUGCAUCCAAAUUUGUUGCGCUGCAAAAAUUGCUUUUCACUGCAAAUAUACCUUAUAAGUUAGUUUUAGCAGUUUUGGAAAGGCAUGGCAUACGUGAAGCCCACAGUAGUUUAAUGGUGCCGCCAUUUCAACUGACCUCACUCAUACGUGAUAUAUACUUUGCUUGUGAAAAAUUAGGACAUUUUACAAAAUUUGCUACGUACAACUUGGAAUCAGCAACAUCUGUACUAUCAAAUUAUUUUUGGGAUAUAUUUGAUCCGAGACGAAGGCAUUCAGUUUCUUUAUUGGAAAUAAAAAUGACAUUGCUUUUAUUAUGUAAAUUUCACUUAUCUGAACAGUUCAUUGAAGAAUUUUUUAAUUUGGUCAAAGAUGAGAAAACAAAUUGCGUAUCCAUAUUAAGUUUUGCUACAUUACUUAAUAUUUUAAUAAAAAUAUUUACUUAUAUUGGUGAAGGUAAUGGAUAUGGAAAUCACAACAUCAAAAAGGUUUUGGAUCAAUGUUAUGAAAGGUGCCACAACUCAGCUGGUCUUACAUUAUAUCAAUUUCAUUGCUUAUGGACAAAGACGCAGACACGUUUUCUUAUAUACGCAAAUUUAAUUGCUUUAAUUAAACGUAUUGAGGAUACGGAGAAAUUAAUACAUAACAAUAUUUGUGCUUCAUGUCAUACCGAGAAAAUUGUAGGUAUCCGAUUUAAAUGCCAAAUAUGUAAGAAUUUGUCUUUGUGUUUAAAAUGUUUUGCAACUGGAUACGCAACUAAUAAACACGAAAUAGGCCAUCGUAUGUUCGAGGUAUUCAGUGAGGACUUACCACCAAAAAAAUAUUCGAAUUUUUUUGCAAAAUUAUGUAAUAUGUUUUUUUCAAAUAAUAACGAAGAGAGUAAAGGUUUUUGUAAUGAUAAUGAAAUGGGCACUGAAAUGGCAACGUUACCAAUGAAUCACCAUACAUAUAAUAUGCCACAAUCAGCUCCAGGAGCAGAGAAGUUGGCUGAUUCAAAAAAGGAGUUACCGCAAAAAGUACAAGAUGAAAAUAAAUUAGAUGAAAUCAAUAAAUUAGAGCCAUCCAUAGCUGGCUUAACAACAGUGGCAAUUAGCACAUCCGAAAGAUUGCAAACAUUGAUUAAUAAAUUAGACGAACAAAAUAUCAAAUUGGAAUUACAAUUAAAAUCUGUUAAAACAGCGACAAAUGAAGAAAUUUCCGAAUUUCUAAAUGCACAUCACAUAUUUUUAGUUGAUAUAAUAAAUGAAAUGAGAAAUUUUUCGAACGCUGAUAUUUCGAACGCAUUUCCAAGUUCUAGUACACCAAAUCGUUCAAUUAACAGUUUUGUCAAUAAAGCAACUGCAUUGGAUGAUGCUGACAAUCUAACUCAUUCAAUAAAUGGUGCAGAUCUAAAUCGCAGUUACUUAGAUGCUAAUAAGUCGGAUUACUCUCUUAAAGAUUUAAGUUUAUGGUUUAACCAAAGAAGAACAUCUUUAACUACACAUACAGCAUAUCCAGCAUUAAGUAUUUUACCUGACGCAAAUACUGACGAUAUACGAGACACAGAAAUGAACAACUUUAAGCAGCUGCUUAGUAAAGUAAAGGAAAUAGUUGACGAUUCAUAUAGCGAUAAUACAGAAUUAGCAGCAGCAACUCAAAAUUUGGAAAAUGUUUUAGACAGUAUUAUUAAAGGUGAAGAAAGUCGUAGGUGCAGCACUUAAAUGUAUCUACUCUUAUUAGGAAAUUAUAUAGUAGUAAGUAAUUUUA